AAUAAAUAUGUAGCAAACAACAUCAGAACUCACAAGCUGUUUCAAGUCUCCAUCGGUAAUAUCUCUCGAUCUCCGGCUCCAGCAGCCAUCAUAUCUUCCCCGUCUCUUGUUCUAGUUCUCAGGUUAAGGACUAAGUUGAAGAGGUUGAAGAGGAUAGGGCGUGGCAGAAAUGGCAGAGGUUGAUGAAGAUCUGGUGGAGAAAAUCCUGUCAACUCUGCCUCCCAAGGCUCUGAUGCGAUUCAAAUGCGCCUCUAAAGGGUGGUAUGCGCAGAUCAACGAUCCCAGGUUCGUAGCUAAGCACCUCUCCUAUUACAAUUCCAGUUCCAAGCGUCUGCUCCUGAUGAAGAAGCGUUUAGUCUCCAAGGACAUCAAAGACACUGCUAAUGAGACUGCAGAAGAAGAAGAAGAAGAAGAGCUAGUGUUUUCGUUGCUUAAUUUAUGCAAUAAUGAUGAUGAUAUUGAUAAUGGUGAGGACAGCAUUAUUGUCUCUAGUGUCGAGGACAUCAAAAUUCCUUUUUGUAUGAGUCUAAAGACUAGAGGCGAAGCAGUUCAUAUUGUAGGGCAUUGCAAUGGAAUCAUCUGUCUACUUCUAGUUAAAUCUUUUCAGGUGCUUUUAUGGAACCCAGCAACUCAGGAAUUCAAGCUUCUUCCCCCUUUCCAUACCUUCCAGAUGAUCAUUGGUAUGAAGAUGUAUGGUCCGUAUGUUCAGGGGUUUGGAUAUGAUCCUAAAUUGAACGAAUACAAAGUUGUUAACAUUGGACUAGUUUCUCCUUCAGAAACGAGGGAUGACGGAUAUGAUAUUUAUAAUCCUCCAAAGGCUGCAAUAUACACUUUGAGUACUGAUUCUUGGAGAAAGAUCAACACCAAUGCUUUCGAAACAGAAACCACUGUCCUUAGGCCCGAAAGUUUCCAGAUUCAAUUCAAGCAAAUGUUUUAUUGGUUAGGACAUGAGCAACAUAAGGAACUGGAUGUGUUGGAUAAAGACGAGGACCUCAUUGGACCGGUCAUCAUUUUGUUGGAUAUUGAGAAUGAGGUAUUUCAUGAUAUCAUGUUACCUGAGUGUUUGUAUCAUCCCUGGGUCUUCACUGAUGGUAUGGAACUUCGAGUGUGGAACGAAUCCCCUGCUCUUUUUGUAUUGGUUGUUGGACUUCAAGGUUAUAAACCUGAAGAUGAAUAUUCUUUUGUAAUAUGGGUGCUGGAUGAGCUUGGUGGUCCGAAGGGUGCUUGGACAAAACACUUGACUCUUGAUCCCACAGAGAAACCAUUGGCAUUUUUGAAUAGCAAUGAGAUUUUUAUAAAUGAUUUCAUGAAACUUGUACUCUCCUAUGACCUUGGUAGCGAAAGCCUAAAAGAUUUUCUCAUUCAAAACACGUCUUAUUCUACUCGUCAGAUAUAUGACGAGUCAGAUGACAUUGUAGCUGUUGUCUAUGUGAAAAGUAUAGUUUCAGUCUUGGGAACCCACAAGCUCGAGAGCAGAAAUAAUUCCAGUGCGGUGAACUUUUCUCCACUCACGCACUUUCCAUCCGGUCCUUCCAUAGUGGACAGAGAAUUGCAUUCAUAUUCAAUAUGGGCCAUCCCACCGAAUGAUGUGUCUUUUAGGAUCAAGAAGUUGAUGGAAGGUCUCAGGGCUGAGUUCGGUGGGCCGGAGAUCAAACCACAUAUCACUGUUGUGGGGUCUAUUCGUAUGACGUAUGAAGAUGUGCUCAACAAAUUCAGAUCUCUUCCUUCUAAAUAUUUUCGUGCAUACCAAGCAAAAGUUAAUCUAGUGGUUACCAGCAAUUUUUAUCACCAAUGUGUUUCCCUACUCAUUGAUUCAUCAACAGAAGUAUCCCAUCAGUUAGACUGUACAACUCGCAUAUGCACUGCACAUUGGGGUUUCCAUAGCGGUGGUAGGCCAUAUUUGAGUCUCCUUUACGGGAAUCUGACAGAAGAAGAGAGGAAAAUAGCUCUAGAAAAAGUUAGUUCUCUAGAUAAAAACAUUUCCAGCUUGAGUUUCACCAUAUCUCAACUCGCAGUGUACAAAAUCGACUACAGAGAUAUAACUCUCAAAUCAUGGGAAAAAAUUGCUGAAUAUGCCCUCCCAUUUCAUUAGAUGCAGGGGCGGAUCCAGGGGGUGGCGAGGUUUGGCAGCUGCCCAACCUCGAUUCUUUUACCAAGCCAUGGAAGCUUUUGUGCUUUGAAGAUUUUACAGAAAAAAAAUUUAUGAAAGAGAGGCAAGAGGUUCAAGAUGACGAGAUACUGCUCUUGAUUCCUAGUCUCCUUGAACUUAUCAAAACGACACAGUAUUGAUAGUGGCAUAUACCUCUAUCUUUUCUUUCUUUAAAUUUUAUUUGAGAGAACAUGUUUAUCUUUUAUUUUUUAUUUAUUUAAAAGCUUAAGAGUUUCUCUAGAGCACAAACUCUACUACACGCCUCUCUUAUCAACAGUACGCCUCCUCUAAUCAUUUCAUGAAAUAUUUUUCUUUUUUGAAAUUCAAUUUAAAGUUGUAUUAAUUCUAGUUUCACUAUUCUAUUUUCAGUUUUAGUGUUUAGCUCCUACUUAUUUAUACUUGUUGGGUUCUAAAUCUCAAUUUCAAAAAGAAGAAGAAAAAACAAGAACAAACAUGUUUGAGAUAAUUUAAUUGACAUCAGUUAAAAGUUAAGAAUUGU